GAGGAGGAGAAAGCAAACCACUGGCUGUGACAGUGACAGUUGCUUCUCUCCUCGGUUUCCCCCCCUCAGCUUCAUCUUCAUCAUCCUCAUCAUCCUCAUUAGCCUCAGCAGCAGCAGCAGCAGCUUCAGCUUCAUCAGCGGCAGAAGCAGCGACCACAGACGGCGUGGAGAACAAAUACGCGUCACGCGUCUUCAAGAGGCGCUCCACUCGAAGGGGAAGAUGGGGAAAUGGCACUUGACCAAAUGUAGGGAUCAAGAAAUCACACAAAAUCUUCAUUUAUGACACAAGCCUGCGUUUAUGCACCAGUAGGAACUAUUUAAAGAGCAAAAGAUUUUACCCCUUUCAACACCUAGAAAAACAUGGAUGUAUCUUCAUCUUCACUGCAGUACGGAUCAAAAAAACGGGUUAAGAUUCACCCAAAUACAGUCACAGUUAAAUAUGCCACUCACUUCCCUCAGCCUGGUGAUGAAGGCUAUGAUGAUGCACCCUCUUUUGAGGAGUUUGGCGCCUUUGCAGAAGCUAAUGUUGGAAAGAGACUUGUCUCAGACAGUAAAGGGGGCAGGACUUUCUUUGGAACCAUGGAGACGCAGCCUAAGCAGCCAAGUGUGCAGAGGGACAAGGGAGUUGAAAGCCAGCUGGCCAGCUUUGGUGAGGCAAAUGUGUUGGCCUCCAGAGUCACCUGGAUGGCCUUGUUUGGGGCAGCGGUGGCUCACGGUUGCGUGGCACUGAUCACCCGUUUAGCAGCUGACCGAUCGAAAGUGCCCUCACUUGAGCUGCUCUUCAUUCGCUCUGUGAUCCAAGUGCUGUCCAUCCUGGUGGUCUUCUAUUACCACGAGGCUCCCUUCGGUCCAAAGGGCUACAGGCUGCGACUCUUCUUCUACGGCGUCUGCAACGUAAUCUCAAUCACCUGCGCCUACACGUCCUUUGCCAUUGUCCCACCCAGUAAUGGCACCAUCAUGUGGCGUGCCUCCACUACAGUCUUCAGUGCUGUUCUGGCCUUCCUGUUGCUGGAUGAGAGGCUGGGUUACACAGAUGUGGUCACAGUGGUGGGGAGUGUGUUUGGUCUUUGCCUGGUGAUGGUGCCCAACAUAGCUGAUGAAGAGAAGUCCAGGCUGGGCUUUUGGAAGGAGGCCUUUGGCUACACAAUGACAGUGAUGGCCGGCUUGACCGCUGCCCUCUCUAUGAUCGUCUACAGAGCCAUUAAGGAGCGUGUCAGCAUGUGGACGGCACUCUUCACCUUUGGCUGGACGGGCACAGUGUGGGGGGCCUCCACCAUGUUUAUCAUGCAGGAGCCCAUCAUUCCUCUGGAUGCGGAGACCUGGGGCUAUUUAACUGGGAUCUGUAUCUGCUCUACUGUGGCGUUCCUGGGAGUCUACUAUGCUCUGAACAAGUUUCAUCCAGCCUUAGUUAGCACCGUGCAGCAUCUAGAGAUCGUGGUUGCCAUGUUUCUCCAGCUCAUUGUUCUGAGGAUGAUCCCAUCCGUUUAUGACGUCAUCGGAGGCCUGGUCAUCAUGGUCAGUGUGUUCACCCUGACAGGAGUCAAGCUGUACAGGGUGAGCCGGGCCAUUCGACAGGAUUACCAAGAGAUCCUAGACUCACCCAUUAAAUGAGUUUAGAUAUGUCAGUCUACCUGUUUACAAAUGUUGCUUGGUUGUGCAAUUCAAAAGAAUGUCUGGAUCAUUUGGCAAUUUUGUAUUGUUGUGUUGUUGGAAGAGUGCCAGUUGUGUAACUAAUGUCUUAAUAUUUGUGUGUGACAUAAAAGACAAAUGUAAUAUGGUGACCUUUCCCCCUUAUAGUACUGCUUUAAUGUCAAAUUGUGUCAAGGACCAAAAUAUCAGCAAAAAAAGAAAAAAACAACAACAAUCAGUUUAAUUUUUGUGAUUUUCUUUUCAGCAUUUGCAAUCAUAUUGAGUCUGGUCUUGUGAGUGGCAGUGAAAAAAAAAACGUUUUAAUGAUAAUUUUCUAAAAUGAUAACAUGAAAUAAGAGUGGUGUGUUCUGCUGUUGUUGCACUGCCACACUUGUCACACUCUGUAAAUGUCAGCCCAGAGAUCAUUCAUCCUACAUACAAAGAAUGAAAUAAUAAAAAUAAAUACCACCAAGUUUUCUUUAAAUAAAGGGUAUUGAUUUUCUUACCUUCAGUCAUUGCUUGCCAACACAACAUUUUUUCUUUAAAAAGCCAUAACCUUUAGAAGAGUGUGUAUCAUGAGGUCAUGGUAGCUUCUGCUGCAUUACAUUGUGUAAAGGAAAUUAAUGCCAUAUAUUAUUCCAUGCACCAUUUUCUUUCAGUAAUAUUUGUGCAUAAACUGCACCUUUCAGUGAUUUCCCAUUGACUCAGUUAUUUUCUGGCUCUGGCUAAUGGUUGAUAUUUAACACUAAUGAUCACAUCCCUGGAUGUUGCCUCUGUUUUCUAUCAUUCACAUAAACUAUGUCCAGAGGCAGGAGCACUGUAUUGAAUUAAAGUCCCUUUAA